AUGGCGGCCCUUCUCUAUUGUUUGUGCUUCCUCUUAACUGUGUUCCAGGGUGGUCAAUCUCAAUCAUCUCAGUCAUCUACUCUCGAGGCCAGUGCUCUUCUCGAGUUCAAGCGAGGUGUCAAGGCAUUUUCUCCACCAUGGAUCUUGGAUGUGCUUCCAGACCCUCUAGCGAAUUGGGACGUGAGUAGCACAAGCUUGUGUAACUGGACAGGAAUAGCUUGCAAUCCACAAGGCCGGGUGGUAUCCCUUGCUCUUUACAAUAUUCCUUUGAAGGGGCAAAUAUCAUCCUCUCUCGGUUCCCUCGAGUUUCUGGAGCUGCUCAAUCUGUCGUCCAACUAUUUGUCGGGGGGGAUUCCAUCGACCUUGGGUAACUGCACCAGGCUACAGUCCCUAGAUCUCACGUUCAACAAUCUAAACGGAAAGAUUCCGGAGUCUCUGGGCCAACUCUCCAUGCUGCAAAGCCUAUUUCUUGAUGGGAACUUACUUGGUGGUGAGAUUCCCUCGAGCCUAGCGCGGUACUCCAGGCUUGAGAAGCUUUCCUGCUGUUGCAAUCGCCUCAGUGGACAGCUUCCAAGCUUCUUGGGACAGCUUCGCAAUCUCACGCUCCUGGAUCUCAGUUACAACUCUCUCAAUGGUUCCAUACCAAGGGGCUUUGCAAAUCUCUCUAGUUUGGAAGAGCUGAACCUUGAAGGGAAUGACCUCGAAGGAGAAAUUCCUACGUUUCUCCUGGUGAGCAAGAGUCUUGUUGGUUUGCACUUGCAUGCGAACAACUUGGAAUCAUUUAGCUCUGAGUUUCAGGAGAUUUCUCCCGAGAACAACCAGGGUCGUAUGGAAGUUUUGGAACUAGGCUACAAUCAGAUAACAGGCAGCAUUCCAUCGCAAUUCUUCAGCUACUUGCCAGCUCUGAAGUUCAUCUCCCUCCGGAACAACAAUCUCACAGGUGGCAUCCCAGAAUUUGGAGACCACUGUGUCCUGGAAACCAUUAUUCUGAGCACCAACAACUUAACAGGAGAGAUCCCCGAAUCUGUGCUACACUGCUCACAGGUCACAAAGCUGGAUCUUUCGAGGAACAGGCUCACCGGAGUAAUUCCAUCAGAACUAGGUCGAAAUUUGAGCGCUUUGACAAACUUUGACGUGGCCUUCAACACGCUGGAUGGGGAAAUCCCUGUUUCCUUGCCAUUGUGCAUCAAGAUGAGCCGCAUUGACAUGGGCGUGAACAACUUCACUGGCCAGCUUCUUCCCGAAAUUUCCAAGCUUGAGCUGCUUAGUAACUUUUUUAUUUCGACCAACAGGUUGGUGGGGACCAUACCGCUGGAAUAUUUCAACAUGGCGAACCUUGGCACUUUGGACUUAGCGAGAAAUAACCUCUGGGGCUCUCUCCCACAAGCUUGCAACCUGGCGAGCAUUAGCAAGCUCGAUUUGUCCUUCAACUCACUCACAGGGAGCAUUCCAUCUUGCCUUGGAAACUCAAGCUCGCUGUGGACGCUGGAUCUCUCGGGAAACCAGAUCUCAGGAGAGAUACCUUCUAGCCUGGGCGCCAAUGCUUCACAGCUCUACUACUUGGACUUGUCACAAAAUCUUCUGGUUGGCAGCCUUCCUGCCUCUCUGGGCAAUUGCUCCAGCCUCUCCAUUCUCAUGGUGGCAAGGAACCAGCUUGGAAAAAUAGACAUGGAUUUCAGCCAGAUCCACAGUCUGGUUCACUUGGAUCUUUCCCAUAACGAGUUCGAAAGAGAUCUAGUCCUCAGUUCCAACACCAGCAACAUCAGGAUUGCCAACUUCCGGGAUAACAGGUUCUCCAUGAUGAUUCCAGAAUCGAUCUGCGGGUGGACUGCAUUGACUCUGUUGUCAUUCUCGUACAAUCAGCUCCACGGGUCCAUUCCCAGCUGCAUUUGGUCCAGCCUCCCGCAGCUCAAGACCUGA